AUGAUGAACGCCCUAAUUGUUCUAUUGGGGUUCCUAGCGGCGGCGCAUGCCGUGCCGGCUUACAUCCCCGAUGGAAAGGAAGUGGAGUACACAUACACGAUCGACGUGAAAUCCGGUCUCAUGGAGCCGGCUGAAUUCGCGUCAUACUUCGGUAUAGACUGUAUUCUGCGUGUGCGACAGUACACGAACGACCCAGUCCUGAAGAAUGCCUACUAUGUGAAACUAAUGGAAGUGAAGCACAAAUUGUUCACCGGCCUUGCUCAGCAUGACAAUCAUCCCGGUGUCAAGCCGUUGAGGUUGGACGACGUCGCGAGGGUCAUAGAAAGCCCCUUCGUGAUCGGCUUCGAUGAAAAUGGUCGCUUAAAAUGUAUGAAAUGGGUGAACAAGGAGGAAGCAUGGUCAAAGAACAUCAAGAGAUCAAUCGCCUCUAUGCUUCAAUUGGAUAUGGUCAAUAUCUUCAAAGAGACACCCAUGGAAACACACAGUUUCAUAACACCAGAGAACACCAUACAUGGCACGUGCCAAGUGGCCUACAACGUCCAGCCGAUGCAAGACAGCAACAAAAUGGUAGUAACGAAGAUCCAUGAUCCAAUGAACUGUACCAACUUCAAUUACCGCAAGUACAACAACAUCGAACACGGCGUAUGCCAGGUCGCAGAAGAGGAUGGUAUGACUACUGCCAGCAGACGUGUCUUCGAUAUUGAAAACACCGGCAACGGGAUUUUAAUAAAAAAACUUGUUGCUCACGCGGUCAUCAAUUACUUCCCUUGGCUGUCUAGAGCGGAGGCGCACUAUCUACUGACAAACCAAACGUUGAUCUUCAACCAAAUUGUCGCACCGCAACCAUUAGUAGAAUUACAAACUAGUGUGCCAAUUCCAGUCGAUACUGACAUCACUUUCUCUCAGCCAACCGAGCACUAUGCUGUUACUGGUGAUCUCGAUGUUACGCAAGGCAGACACGAAGUCAAACUCGAGAAUCUCCAGAUUAAACUGAAGAAACUGUUAGACGAGGCUGCCGGCUAUCUCAAAGAGAAUCACAUACACAAGAAAGAACCGGAGUGGAAGCAUGGCCAGACAAUUAAUAGAAUUCUGUACAUAAUGAGUUACAUGAACCUGAAGUCAUUGGAAGAAGUGCACAAUGAUAUUAGGACACCCAAAGACAACAAAGAAGAAGCGAUGAGAAAUAUUUUCCUGUCGAUGGUACCAGAGGUUGGAACCGUCGCCGGAUGUCUGUUCACGCGAAACGUAGUUCGCCAGAAGACUGUUUCCGACCUGACCGCUGCCAGUAUGCUCAUGAAACUUCCGAUGAAUCUGAAACAUCCUCAGGAAUCGUUGCUCAAAGAUAUGGAAGAACUUCUCCACUACGGCGAUUCUGUUUCUUACGAAGUAAGGAAAGCUGCCAUACUCUGCUUCUCUACUCUGCUCCGUAAGACUUACCAUGACGGGACCGUCACGCCCGUUUUAAAGGAGCACCUGCGUCACUUCAUGGACGGUCUUCUAAAUGAUCCAAGCCACGAGAUAAAGGUAGUACACCUGAUGGCUCUCAGGAAUGUUCACGUGACCGAGAUCCUCCAUCUCCUCGAGCCGAUUAUCCGAGGCGAAAAGAAAAUUCCUAUACUCCCAGACGUCAUGCGUAUGGAAGCGAUCUGGGCUAUUAGGGAUGUGGCCGCCGACCUUCCGGAAUACUCUUACCGAUUACUCUGGCCAAUUUUCAGCAACGUCAAUCUUCCGAUACAGCUGAGAACUGUCGCUUACGAAGUGUUGAUGAACCAGUGUCCUAGCAGAGGAAUGCUCAUAAACAUGUACUGGGUCAUGGUCUACGAGAAGAACAUGCACCUGUACAACUACCAUGUGGAUACACUCAAGGGAUUCGCUGGCUCCGAAAAUCCUUGCCUUUUACCCGUUCAAGAAAUGGUCAGAAAGAUCUUACGUUUCACCAGACAGAGAAGCGUUUCUGGACCACUUUCGGGCAAGUUCCACGUUGAAUCCCACGACCACAUUUUCGGUCACGGUGAAGGUCUGAAGGUCUCAUUGAUACGCGACGAUGUGGGUUUGCCCUCCAUUGGUUCGCUUGAUCACUUUACAUCCGUUGCUCGUAAACCCGCAAAUCGAUGGGGAAUUCACUGGCACAUCGACGGAUUACCCGAAAUGUUGAACGACAUUAACGUCGAUAUUUUCGGUAGCACGAUACACGAAAUCACCAGCCAGCACGUGAAGAAUCUGCUAAACACAGUGACUAAAGAGCCAAAGAUCUGGAACGAUAUCAAUGCACACUUGAUGCUGACAUGGAACGACAAAGUGUUUAUGGUGUGGCAUUGCGAUAAGAACAACUGGGAGAAAGUAGUCCAUGAUCUUGUAUGGUGGUGGAACUCCCUUGUCAAUAGAGAUCAUUCGGUUCAUCAACAAUUCGUACUUUUCGACGACAAUUAUGAGCAGCACGUGGCCACUGACUUUGGUGUACCAGCUGUCUUGUCCACGAAGACACCAGUUUUAGAUUCCUUGAAACUGAACACCGUUGUCACACGUGAGGGCAAUAAUAUCAAGAUGCAGUUGAAGAUGAAGUAUCAGGAAUGGAAGCACGGCGAGUACUUCAUGACCAUCUACAAUCCUUUCGCUGACGUUUGGCAUGGCGUUCGUAGGACCGGAACUCGCGACGUUGUCAUUGCGUUCGACUGGAACAUUGUUUACAACAAUGUGUCGAAGGGCAUUAAAGUAACAUCGGCUAGAUUACCUACGACAGAGUACUCGGUCACUGGAUUAUUGACUCAAGCCAAGAACUAUGUUACUGUCCUCGGUGACGAAAACGGCGCUCUGACGGACAGCUGUCCCAGUUGUUUCCAUAUCCAAAACGUUACAGGCACCAUCAAUCGUAAGGUCCACGAGGUUGAUGUCGAUUCGGUAGACACCGCGUUACAUUUUAACUUGGGAAUAUACAACUGCGAAGGCUAUUCUACUCCUUUGCCUCUUGCUGCCUGGCUCCAAGUACUUUCAGCCGAUCGCGACACUUAUGCUGAUCUGACGAAGCUUGCUCAGCUUGUUAUAAGACUACGUCAGAAGGUGAAGAACGACAUGAUCUCUUCCCACCGUGCCAGUUGCACAAACAUGAUUCUAGUCGAACCAAGCAUUACCCAUCUUGCUACACAGGUCGAGUACUCAACCAAAUUUAACGUCGAGAAGCCAUCCUGCGAUGAACAGGAAAUCCUCGACCCAGUGAAGAUUGAUAUCCGUGGAACCAUGGAUGUCAAGUCACACCCUACCAAUGUAUCAAUAAAUCACUGGGAUGCUAAUGUGAACAUUAUGCUCUCACCUGGACACACAAACAACCACGUGAAAGUUAUGCUUACUCGCAUGGUACCAGGAGAGAAGAAUUAUAAGAUCUGUAUCGAUGGUCAGAAAGAUUACCCACACAUUCACGACGAGCAGGAUCUGUUGGACGUUACCAACACGAAGAAGGAAACAACCACAAUGAUAACGAUUCUCUCGGGACACACGACGCACAACAGGUGUGACCGUGGCGAAACGGAUAUCACAGUACUUAUAAAAGGUGAAGAUGCGGUUGAUCCCACGGAUCAUAAAGUGCAUGACCAUCUCAAGCAUACGUGUCAGAGGGACACUGAAAUAUCGGCACUCCAAACGGAGGAGGACCACAUUCCUAAGACCUGGGCGUGCAUACAGAAUGCUAUGAUUCAUAUGACCCUGAGGAAGUACACAAUAGACAUUGUACCAAAGAAGAUGCCAAAAAUUGUGGGAGUGUGGGCGCACAUAACGCAGGACGUUGUCCGUGCCAUUUUCCCCUCGCACUUACAUUUCACUUCGGAACUGGCACCUGAAGGAACCGCGAAGAUCAUCCUUGAUUACUCAAUCCCUCUACCUAAACUUGACGUAACAGUUAAUCGCGAUUGUCACACCUAUCAAUUGCUCCAACUGCCUUUUGGUCACAAUGUCUGGCAUAUGCUGAUGGACAACGUACAUUUCUCAGCACCAGCAAUGCUGCAAAUCGUUAAUGAAAGAAGCAAAAUUUGCACAGUCCAUCCUCAAGUUACACUCGCUUUCAACAAUAUGAGUAAACCAGUCACCGUCCCUUCUGAAUGGACGCCAGUAGUCACACCCAUCGCAUCCGAGAAGAAACUUUUCACCCUCUUCACGAAAUCAAUGCCGAACAACAGAUUGGCUAUUUUGUUCGCUGUCGGUGAUCACAAAAUACAAAUCGAGCACGGCGAUUCAAACGUGAUCGUAACAGUCGACGACAAAGUAAUACAGGACCCGCGGAAUGGUAUCGUAGUACCUCCGAAUUCUGCUAAUUCCUACACACUUAAAUUAUCCAGGGGCUACAAGCACUGGGCUAUCCAAACGACGAAGGUCCCAAUCAGCAUCUUUUACACACCGAACAGUAUAUCUGUACUGCUCAGUGCUGAUUACCAAGGCCAUGUACAAGGACUUUGUGGCUCCAUGAAUUCCCAUUCACAUGUACAAAUGGCAUUGAUCAGUUAA